CAAUGAACUGGGGCAAACUGAAACUGGGCAAACAGUCAAGAGUGGUAUUAGCACAAAACGUGUACAUUUCAAGCUCGAAAUUUGACUCGUAGUACUUUAAAAUAAACAACACAUAAAAUGGCAGAAACUGCGGAGGUUACUGCGACAGUUUCCGUCUCAGAUGUGUUAAUAGACAGCAAGUCGGAUUCGAAAGAAAUUAACAAUGAUCCGGCAAAAGAAAAUGGCUCCAAACCAGUCGCUUCAAGUUCGAGCGAAGGCGAAUUCUUAGCUCCAGCCGAGGAAUACUGGACAACCGAUGCUGAUGGUGCAGUUAAAAUACGUGUAGGAACUACUGAACAUGAUAACACUACGCCAAUAACAGUUUAUGACUUGUUUAAACGCACUGCGGAGAAAGCUGGAGAUUGCGUAGCUUUGGCAGUGAAACGUAAUGAUCAGUGGCAGAAAUGGACGUAUUCUCAGUACAUGGCUGAUAUAAGAACCGCUGCCAAAGGUUUUAUCAAGCUUGGUUUGGAAAGCUUUAAUGGUGUAUCUAUAAUUGGCUUUAAUUCACCAGAAUGGCUUAUUUCAGAUGUUGCUGCAAUUUUUGCAAGAGGUUUGGCUGUUGGCAUUUACACAACAAACUCUCCCGAGGCCUGUAAAUAUGUGAUAGAGGAUUCCAAUAGCAGUAUUGUCGUUGUGGAGAAUAAAAUACAACUUGAUAAAAUUUUAAAGAUUUGGGAUGAGUUGCCAAAUCUUAAGGCUGUUAUUCAGUACACUGGUGAAUUGGAGGACAAAUCCAAACCUAAUGUUUAUACGUGGAAAGAUUUUAUGGAAUUAGGAAAGUCCUGUGAUGACACUGAGUUAGAUGCAAGAAUUGGUUCUCUGAAAGCAAACCAAUGUUGCACUUUGGUCUAUACUUCAGGCACAACAGGCAAUCCCAAAGGGGUAAUGCUAUCUCAUGACAAUGUUGUCUACACGAGUGGGGUGUCAGUUAAAUUUAUGAACAUGGAGUAUAAAAAUGAAUGCACCAUCAGUUUUCUUCCGUUGAGUCACAUUGCUGCCCAGUUGAUGGAUAUUUACAUGGCACAACAUUGUGCUGGAACUUUAUGGUUUGCUAAGCCUGAUGCAUUAAAGGGAAGUCUUGGCGAGACUUUGAAAGAAGUGAGACCAACUUUGGUGAUGGCAGUUCCAAGAGUUUGGGAGAAGAUUAUGGAGAAAUUACAGACAAUUGGUCGAAGUACGACGGGCAUGAAAAAGAAAAUCUCAACUUGGGCAAAAGGCGUUGGUCUUCGGGGAAAUAUGAAUUUAGAACAAGGAGCUUCGGUACCGUUUGGAUGGACUGUUGCAAACGCUUUGGUGUUUAAGAAGGUUAGAGCAGCUCUUGGUCUUGACCGCUGUCGACAUUUAGCAACGGGCGCAGCCCCAAUCACCAUGGAAACACUGCGCUAUUACCAAAGUCUCAAUAUACCGCUAUAUGAGCUGUAUGGUAUGAGUGAGUGCUCAGGACCGAUGACUGUCGGGAAGGCUAGGAGAAAUCUCACAGGCGCGUGUGGAGCAGCGGUUGAUGGACUUCAAAUGAAGAUUCAUGAACCGGACCAAGAUGGAAAUGGGGAGAUAUGCAUGUUAGGCCGCCAUGUUUUCAUGGGUUAUUUGAAUAACGAGGAAAAGACAAAAGAAACGAUGGAUAGUGAUGGAUACUUACAUUCUGGUGACAUUGGCAAGAUAGACAAGAAUGGAUUCCUGUUUAUCACUGGCAGAAUAAAAGAAAUAAUCAUUACGGCUGGAGGUGAGAACAUUGCUCCAGUUCCAAUAGAAGAUCAGUUGAAAGUUGAAGUCCCAAUCAUCAGCAAUGCGAUGUUGAUCGGUGAUAAAAGAAAGUUCCUGUCUUGUCUUUUAACCAUCAAGAGCGAGAUGAAUUUGGAAACUGGUGAACCAUUGAACGACCUCACAGAACUCGCAAGAGAUUACUGUAAACAACAUGGCGUAGAAAUUAAAACUGUCUCAGAAUUUUUGGAAAAGAAUGAUGAAAAAAUUAUGAAGUCAAUUCAAGAUGGAAUAGAUCGUUACAAUGAAAAAGCUACAUCUCGAGCGCAAAAGAUUCAAAAAUGGUGCAUUCUUGAACAUGAUUUUUCCGUUCCUGGUGGCGAACUAGGUCCAACCAUGAAAAUGAGGCGACCUAUUAUUGCAAAAAUGUAUGCGAGCAAAAUCGAUGCCUUCUACAGCUAGAAACCUCAUGAAACUCAACACAAAGACAGCCCGGUAUUCCCUGCAUAUUAUACGUAAGCAGUGUUCAACUAAAAUAGACUUUCACCUUAAACUCAUAUUUUAUAUUAUAUCAAUUUAGAAUAGAAGAAUUUUUGAUUUCCCACGGAGAUUACCACGGGCCAAAGUGGCCUCCAUGACCGUAGUAAAAUUUUUGAUAAAUUAAAAUAUAAAUAAGUGUCGGGGUAUAAUCGCCCGCUUGUAUAAAACUCUUGGCAUGUUUUCCUUCCAAUGUUUUAUAUUUAUCUCAUAGACUACUCUAAAAUAAUAUUUAGUCGAUAAUUGACCACUUUCGUUUGUGUACUUGUGGUCAUGUUGUGUAAACAUCCGGUUUACGACCGUAGUUCCGCAUGAAAACCUGAAUACUUGAUUAAAGAUCCUUCUAUUCCCUCAAUUGGCUUGGCAAAUAGAUGAAGCGCAAACAUAUGCUAAGACCACGUUUACACAGUACACGGUACCUGGUUUCUAUUGGAACAGGUCAAAUUUUGUGGAUAAUAAAAAGCAGUGAAUAUUUUCAAUGUCAGAGACCAGAAUAAUACACGAAAUCUAUCCUAUGCAUUUGCAACCAAUCGUUGCUCCAAAACGUCAAACGACCAAGCUGCUUUGGUCCUCCGCAUAAACGAAGAAACUAAUAGAUGUCACUUGAUCUCCCCCCCUCUACCCUCCCCCA